AUCCCCAUAUUUUUCUAAACGAUGAUUGUUGAUUCGGAUACGUUUAGAAACGAAUAAUCUAGUUUCAAAUGUCAAUGUCAAGUCAAAUCUCAAACUGUUUACUUCCCCUUCGCGGUUUGCUUGUUUCUGCGUUGUAACCUCACAUUUUCUGAAUUCUGCUACAGUAUUUUAUAUUUUAUUUCACUGUGUUUACUGUUUUAUGUUUAAGAUUAAAUUAUUAAGUGCAUGGAACCUUGAGUGACGAAAUUAACAGAGUACAGGAUGGCUUUUUCUUUUGGAGCCCCAAGUACUCAAAGUUCAACUUUUGGUGCUGCUGCUAAACCCACUUUUUCAUUUGGGGGUGCUACGACAACAACUACUAGCUCUGGAUUUGGUUCGUUUGGGGCGCCUGCCACUUCUACUGGAUUUGGAACAUUUGGCGCUCCUGCCACCAGCACUGCACCAUUUGGGCAAUUAGGAAGUGCACCAGCAUCAACUGCUCCAUCUUUGUUUGGCGGUACGGGAUUUGGAGCUGCCGCUGCUAAGCCUGCCACAGGUUUUGGAGCUACUACCUUUGGUUCUAACACAUUUGGCACUGGCACUGGGUUUGGAACAGGAGCACCAACAUUUGGUAGUGCAGCUCCAGCAUUUGGGAGUACUGCACCAACAUUUGGCAGUACUGCACCAACUUUUGGUACCAACACUCUUGGUGGUUUUGGUACUGGAAACACAUUUAACUCUUCAUUUGGGGCCAAGCCGGCCACAGGCUUUGGAGGUUUCGGAAGUAAUCUUGGAUCAUCAACUCAAUUCGGUCAGCCACAGCAACAGCAACAACAACAGCAACAACAGCAGCAAGCUGGCCCAUCAUCAGCACAUGAAGCAUUGGUAGCUGCAGUCUUCAACUGUAAUGUGUUUGGGGAUGAGCGCGACCAGGUACUUGCUAAAUGGAACCUGAUACAGGCAAUGUGGGGAAUUGGCCAAGCAUACUACAGCCGUAAUGCCCCACCACUAGAACUAAAUGAACAGAACCCGCUAUGCAGGUUCAAGUCAGUGGGCUAUUCUCGCCUUAGCGGUCGCGACGAUAAAGACGGCCAUGUCGCCAUGAUGUUCAACAAGUCUGAACAGGAUAUUAAAAAUAAUCAACAGGCUCUAAUAACGUCUCUGCAGGGUUUGUUGGGAAACAAACCAAACUUAGCAGUCAAUAUUGAAUGUAUUAAAGCCGUAUCAGACACCAAAAGCCAGGUGGUGAUAUUCGUGGUGGACAAGGGCGCGGGCGGCGCGCCGGUGUCGGCGGGCGAGCUGGCGGGCUUCCUGUGGGGCGGCGGCGCGCGCGCGGCGCUGGGCGGCGCCGGCUGCGUGUCCGUCACGCCCGUCACCGCGCCCACGCCGCAGAUGCUGGCCCACUACCUGCAGACGCCGCCGCCAGGUAUGGACAAGCGUCUCUGGAAGCAAGCACAGGCAGACAAUCCUGAUCCUGAGAACUACAUUCCAGUGCCCAUUAUUGGAUUCUCUGAGAUAAAGUUUCGCAGCCGCUGCCAGUCGGAGCAGGCGCGGCUGCAGGCGCAGUGGUUGCAGCGCGCGGCGGGCGAGCUGGCCGAGCUGCGCACGCGCCGCGCCGCCGCCAGCGCGCGCCUCGCCGACCUGGCCGCGCGCCUGCACGCGCGCAGGCACACGCUGCUGCAGGUGGUGGCUCGCCGUGAGGUCAUAGGUCGCGUUGGCGCCGCUCUGAGUCCGGAGGAGGAGGCUGCACGGGCGCGCCUUCACGAGCUGACGUCACAACUCGCAGCCCCUCCGCUGUAUAACGGUCGGUUGAAUGAGCUGCUCUGUGCGGUGAGACUGCAGCGCAGCGCCAGCACAGGCGCAUCGCAUGAACGCUACCAUCUGGAUCCUGGUGCACAAGAAGAUGUGAAGCAGUUUUUGUCUCUACAACAGAAAGGGAUGGCUCACCUGUUGGACACAGCGCGUAAGGACUUGGCCGCACUCGGUAUUAUUGCCGAGGGCAUGUCGCGGCUUGUUAGAGCUUAACCUGUGACAUCUUGAGCCCAUUCAACGACCAUUGAUCCAGGGUUGGAAUGAGAGAUUUUGGUCACUGUAAACAGAAAAAGAUAACACUAUUCUCACCGUAUUUUUGUACUAGGAAUAAAUGAUAUCAAUUGAAAAUAACCCUACUUUACUUUGGGUAGAGUUUCUUUGAUCUUUUUAAACUGUAAUCUUAUAUACUUGGAGGGGUACGGGGUAGGGAUCGAACCUCUUAGCCCUUAUUACCAUGGAUCGGCUACUGAUUGACCUACAAUAUAUUUCAUAGUAUUUUUCUAAUUAAACUUCGACAUCGAGAAGCAAUCUGAAUUUAAACAAAUAUUCCUACAUUUUUAUUGUAAUCUAGAUAUUUCAUAACUACAUUAUUCUUCGAUUUGUGCUUUCGAAGAAUCUUCUUUAUGAUUUCCUCAUAUUUGUUAUGCAAAUGUUGAAUAAAAGUCGAUUAAAUCUG